AUGGCCGAGAAUAAUUCUGUCAGUUACGAGAACGGAGACGGUAAAAUGGCGACGAUCAACAAGGUGCUGCAGUCCCGACAGGAGAAGGUGAUCGACACCGGCAACAAGGUGACUGUGGUUGGAGUCGGCCAGGUCGGCAUGGCGACCGUCUUCUCACUCCUCACACAGGGUGUGACAAAUAAUAUCGUCAUGGUGGAUACAAAUGAUGACAAGCUGAAAGGAGAGAUGAUGGACCUGCAGCACGGCUCCGCCUUUUUAUGCAACGCCACUAUUAAGGCUGGCACAGACUACUCGAUCACGGCGGACUCGCAGAUCUGUGUGAUAGCAGCCGGUGUGAGACAGAUGGAAGGAGAGGACAGGCGCAACCUGGUGCAGAGGAACGUGGAAGUCCUCAAAGGAAUUGUUCCUCAACUACUGAAAUACAGUCCGAACACGAUCUUCUUGAUCACCAGCAACCCAGUGGAUGUCCUGACUUACGUGACCUGGAAGAUCAGUGGCCUGCCCAAGCACCGUGUGAUCGGCUCGGGAACAAACCUCGACUCCGCAAGGUUCCGCUACCUGCUCUCGCAGAAACUGAGCAUAGCGCCUACAUCCUGCCAUGCGUAUAUUAUUGGGGAGCACGGUGACAGUAGCGUACCGGUCUGGUCAAGCGUGAACAUCGCAGGCGUGCGUCUCCGGGACCUGAACAAGAACAUUGGCUUGGACUGUGACGAGGAGAACUGGAAGGAGACACACACCCAGGUGGUGCAGAGUGCGUACGAAGUCAUCAAGCUGAAGGGCUACACCUCCUGGGCUAUCGGACUGUCCCUCACUCAAUUGAUUAAAGCUAUCCUCACUAACGUAGCCAGUGUUCAUGCUGUUACUACUUCUUUAAAGGGUGAGCAUGGCAUCACAGAAGAUGUAUUCCUGUCGCUGCCGUGUGUGCUCGGCCGCAAUGGUAUCCUCGAUGUCAUCCGCCAGCCUCUGACGGACGUAGAGAGAGAGCAAUUGUUACAAUCUGCUAAAGUCAUGGCAGAAGUUCAGUCCAAUAUCAAGUUCUAA